UGGCACGGCUAAACAUUUGCUUAACCCUACUUUUUUUUUUCUGAGUUUUUUCGCUACUUAUACAAAAAAGAGGGAAUUUAAUAUGAAGUAAUAGAUCUUCAACAUUUUUUCUUCCUCCAUCAUUCAAUUGUUUCCAUUUGUUCCUCUUUUUUUGCGGUGCGCAUGACGGAUUCAAUGGCUAACAUUGAUAUCGAAGGCGAAGCAGAUCGCCGGGAAUCCAAUUCACCUGGACAUCGUCGAGAAAUGUCGGCAGCAAGCGCCAUAGAAACCGUUCCAUCGCUAUCCUCAUCUAUACAGUACCCUGACGGUUUAUCAGAGAUUGGACCUACCGCUAGCCGAGCGACCUUCUUUUCACAAAGAUCGCGUCCAAUGCUGUGGAAUAUGCUUUCCCACCUACAUCGCGGUCGACACGACGAAGAAGACGUAGUAUCCCGGCCCACAAUAACUAACAUGCCCAAUGCUUAUAUCGCGCCCGAUGCAGCCGUUGAAACAUCUACCAUGCUGUCACCGCGAUCCAACCAGCAACCUCUUCCCUAUUCGGUAUCGUCGGUCGGUCGGCAGCCAUCUGUCAGUUCUUCCUAUACAGACGAAAUCAGCAGCAUCAACGCGCGGAACAGUAUAUCCAAUGCGACCGUCGAAUCACCCAAUGCCCUUGCCCCCGCCGGUUCCAGAGCCACGUCUCUUCAAGCUCCACCUUCUCUGACCCUUUCGCCCGUCAGCAGUCGUGCGCCGUCAAGGCGACCUCGUUUCCGAUCUCGGUCGUUUGCGGCUUCGUUUGUUUCAGCAUUCCGAGCGCCGACGACACUCUCGCGACCACCUAGUUACAAGCAAUGCGCCAAUGCCGAGGCUGAGCGACUACGAGAGCAAGAUCUGGAAGCGAUGCGAAGGUUGGAAGUGUUGUAUAAUCGGGAGACGCACGGGCUAAUGCAACGAUUACUGUGGCCUCUUCCGGGCGAUACGGAACGAAUUCGCACCACUGACGUACUCAAGGAAUGUUGCCUUGUGCAGUUUACGGGAUUCCAUAUGGCGUUUUGGAUUGUUUUACUGGUUUUCGUGGGAGCGGUUUCGGUGUUUGUGGAUUUGCCUCCGGUUGCCUAUCUGUUGUGGGUACCGUUGGCGCUGUAUAUUGUCGGUGCAGGGAUCAGUAUUCAGAUCAACCGUCGACGGUCGGAAGAGAUUGAAGGACUGGAAGAACAACUUGCGGAAGCCCGUCAACGCCGUAUGAACGAAAUGACCUCGGCGGUGCGUUUGCCCGAUAAUCACUACUUUGAAAUCGUCAAUAAUCCCAAAAAUCACAGUCAUCCCGUGGUCACACUUCUUCCUCCACCACCUUCCUAUCCUCGUGCAGCCAUUAUGACGACCACCAAUGGAUCAUUAUCGUUGUCCGAUGCACCGAAUAGCAUGACGACGGCACCAUCCAUUACACUCACACAACCGCAAAAUGACAGUUCACCUUCUCAUCCAUCUUCCUGACUUAUUUAUUAGCGAUUUCAUUCUGAUAACCAUUUGUAUUUUUAUUUCUUUUUUAUUUUUUUCACACCGGUUCAAACCGAUUUAUGUCAUGUUAGUACAGUAAUAUUUUAUAUCAUUUAAUCACUUGCAGAAUUUUU